AUGGCCAGCCAGAAAGAGGGAAAUAGUAACAUGGUUUCGGGCUCAGAAGGACUGGUAGAUUGCCUCGACACAGGAACUUCACCGUUGACGGAGGCCGCCAGCAAUUUAACUGCGCUAGAAAAGCGGGCCAUCCUUAAGUUGGAUCUCUUGGUCAUUCCUAUCUUGGGCCUAUUUGUGUUAUUAAGCGCUUUGGAUCAGUCAAAUAUUGGCAAUGUCCGGAUCCUUGGACUGCAAAAGGAUCUACGUAUGACCGAUUAUGAUUUCUCGAUGGCAUUGACCGUGACACUCAUACCUUACAUACUUGUCGAGCUUCCAUCUACUCUAUUGGUGCGUAAGAUUGGCGCUGGAAUACAAAUCCCACUAGUUGUUACAGUUUGGGGACUGGUAACUUGUUUGCAAGGUUUGGUGACUAGUUAUCAGGGACUUCUGGCUACUAGGUUCUUUCUGGGUCUGGCUGAGGGAGCAAUGGGACCAGCCACCAUACUUUACAUGUCAAGCUUUUACACCAGAGCCGAGCUACAAUUUCGGAUUGCCCUGUUCCUUAGCACACUCUGUGUAGCUUCAGCAAUCUCUGGAUUGCUAACUUAUGAGAUCAUCAAGUUGGAUGGACAUUGGGGGCAUCCAGGAUGGGCUUGGGUCUUUCUGAUCGAGGGCUUUAUCACCGCAAUUUUUGGCCUGACCGGAUUUUAUUUUCUUCCAUCAAGCAUUGAGAAAGCAAGACUUUUAACAAACGAAGAAAAAGUCUUUCUUGUCUCGAGACUCAAGGGGGUCGGGAAGCCCAGUAUCGCUUCAGUCACGUCUAUCCAAAAAUUUUCGCCCAAGUCUACCAAAUUCCAGAUCAGGGCAGCCUUCAAAAGCCCACACGUGAUCCUCAUGAGCUUGGCACAAUUUGCAUCUACAUCCAACAUCUUUAGCCUGGGUUAUUUUACACCUACCGUUGUAAUGAGAUUUGGCUACUCUCCCAGAGCCACUCAGCUAUUGACAGUCCCACCCUUUGUUGUGGCUUUCAUUUACAUCCUAGGACUAUCUUACUUGUCAGACCGCUAUCAAUCUCGGGGACUUGCAGGGGGGACCAGCGCAGGUCUUGCAUUGAUUGGUUUCUCGAUGUUUUACGGGUCAAGCUACGAUAGAGUGAGGUAUGCUUCCUUGUUCCUAUCGAUCCCUGGCGCCUUUGGUGUCAUGCCGAGCUUGGCAGCUUGGACGGCAGAUAAUAGCGAGCCACACGUUAGAAAAGCGAGUGCACUCGCCUGGGGUGGCAUGGUGGCAAACGUAGGUGGAUUGUUCAGCGUUUGGAUCUUCACCCUGGGGCAACCGCCACGAUAUCCCCUUCCGACUGAAAUCAAUAUAUUUCUUGCGGUGGUUAUCAUAACUUGCUGCGUAUUGAACGUAAUGUGGCUCCGGCACGCCCAGAAGAAUAAAUCUGAAAAAAGAAACGAAAUCCUACAAAAGUUCAGUCGUUCUGAUUCAGAUGAAAUUGUCAAGGAAGAGCUACAGAACUACCCGACCGAGCGAGACCUAACAUCUGCACAAGCUUGGGACCAUCUGGGGGACAAACAUCCAGAUUUCAAAUACAUUUAUUGA